AUGCCCUGCCCUUGGCCUCCCUGGCUCCGCCGCCUGCGGACUCAGAGUGCAGGCCCCAGCUCCCCAGGUGCGCCCUCUGCGCCCCGCUUCCCAGGUAGAGAUGAGGAAGAGGACGCAGAGGAGGAUGAGGGCGAUGGGAGCCCCAGCUCGGGCCCCAUCCUGCCCCCCGCGUCUCCCAUGGAGUGCCUCAUCUGUGUGUCGCCCUUCGACGGCGUGUUCAAGCUGCCCAAGCGCCUGGACUGCGGCCACAUCUUCUGCCUSGAGUGCCUGGCGCGCCUGUCGCUGGCCACGGCGGGCGGCGGCGACGCGGUGGCCUGUCCCGUGUGCCGCGCGCCCACGCGCCUGGCGCCGCGCGGAGGGCUGCCCGCCUUGCCCACGCAGCCUGGCUUGCUGCCCCGCGACGCGCGCGCGCCGCCACCGCACCAGGGCUCCGUGCGCUUCGACCGCCGCCGCGGGCUGCUCUACCUGCGGCCGCCGCCCCGGCCACGCAAGAGCCGCGCCGCGCGCGCUCCCCCGCCGCCGCCUCUGCGCCUCGGCCGCCCGCUGUCGCGCCGCCUGACGCUGAGCAGCCCGGCCUGGGUCUUCAACGCGGCCGUUGCGCUGGCCGUGCUGGUGGCCGCGGGCCUCGUGGUCUCCGGCGUCUACAUCUUCUUCCUCAUCCCUCACGCUGCCUCCGCCGGUCCCGUGCGGCCGCAGCUGGUGGCUCUGGCCCCUGAGCCSGGCUUCUCCUGGUUUCCGCCGCGACCCACGCUGGGGCCACCCUGGACGCCGCGCCCCACCAGCYCUGACCUGGACAACACCCUACCAGGGACUGCAGUGGGUGCGCUGGAGCGCGAGCGCGUCCCUAAGGACCCAGCCCAGCCAGAGGGCACGCUGGACGACCCAUCAGACCGCACGUGGCAAGCAGGGGAGGGCCCCGGCUGGACCCCACGACUACGGGGCAUGAGGAGGGUGUGGGGACCUCGAUGA